AUGCGACACAGACUUCCCAGUAUUCUUAUACAUCAUAAACUUUAUUUCAGAUAUCAUACAUACUUCGAAAUGCAAAUCAACCUCAAUGAAAUUCGAAUUAUUAUCGAGGGCUCAGAAUAUGAUAACGUUACAGUGAAACCAUUAUUAAUCACCGCAUAUAAAAUAUUAACUUUUCAAAAACUGUUAACUGUUUCAUCACAAAUACAAUAA